AGGACAUAAGUUAAAUCGCAUUUGCAAGUGCACGCUUUUUCAAUUCGGGUUUUUCAUACCCUUUUCAUCUCUUUUAUCUACAAGUUCGUUGUUUAGACCCCCAACCAAGACAAGAUGGCGGAAACGUUCGCAUUUAACGCUGAUAUCCAGCAGUUGAUGAGCUUGAUCAUCAACACCUUUUACAGCAACAAGGAAAUCUUCCUUCGUGAGUUGAUCUCCAACGCGAGUGAUGCGCUCGAUAAGAUCCGAUAUGAGUCCAUCACGGACCCGGAGAAGAUCGAGGCUCAGCCGAACUUCUUCAUCAAGAUCAUCCCGGACAAGACCAACUCGACUUUGACGAUUGAGGAUAGCGGAAUCGGAAUGACCAAGAAUGAGCUUGUCAACAACUUGGGUAUACAAUUUUUGGCUACAUUGGUUUUCGAUUUAUUAGGAUCUGUUUAUGCGCUUGGAUUCAGAUUGAUUGACUGGUUUUUGAACUAGUUUGGUCUUGUACUGAGAAGAGCCGCAGAGGCUGUAGAAAGUUGCUUAUGUAGCCAAGAUGGGUGCAUGGGUCGUCUCCAGUUGAAUUUCUACAAGAAUUUAGAUAAUUUAGAUUGCGAAGAACUACAUGAUUUUCGUUCGCUCACAACGCGUCCUCGAAAUCGUUUCCCAACUUUUUCGUCCACAGGUACGAUCGCCAAGUCCGGAACUAAGGCCUUCAUGGAGGCCAUGUCUGCUGGAGGUGAUGUCUCCAUGAUUGGUCAGUUCGGAGUCGGUUUCUACUCCGCCUACCUGAUCGCGGACAAGGUCCAGGUGGUCUCGAAGAACAACGACGAUGAGCAGUUCAUCUGGGAGUCCGCCGCCGGUGGUUCCUUCACCGUCACCAAGGACACCGACCAGGUGUACGGUGAGGUCAAGCGUGGUACCAAGAUUGUCUGCCACUUGAAGGAAGACAUGACCGAGUUUUUGGAGGAACGCCGCCUGAAGGACUUGGUCAAGAAGCACUCCGAAUUCAUCGGAUUCCCGAUCGAAUUGUACAUCGAGAAGAGCGAGGAAGUUGAGGUAUUUGUUAAGGCUAUGCUGGAUUGCUAUGCGGAUUUCACUAGUCGGUGGGACUAAUAAGAAGAAGUUGAGGUAGUGUUUUUUUGAGUUGGCAGUUUCAGACUGCAGGAAUCUUAGACUUCGUGAAAAUUGACUUCGAAUAUGAAAAUCAAAGGCCGCUUCUAGAUCUCGUUGGAUUUCUCCAUUUUUGCAGUUCCAAAUCUCCUGUGCUAUCCUGAAAGACUUCAACCGCUUUGUUUGAAUCUUCUGGACCAAAGAAGACGGUAAGUAGUGAUAACUAUAACUCGACAUCAGGUCACCGACUCCGAGGACGAAGAGGAGAAGAAGGAAGAGGAGAAGGAGGGCGACGAGCCCAAGGUGGAGGAAGCCGACGAGGACAAGGAGAAGGAGGAGAAGGAAAAGAAGACCAAGAAGGUCUCCCAGAUCUCGCACGAGUGGGAGCAGCUCAACAAGAACAAGCCGCUCUGGAUGCGCAAGCCGGAUGACGUCACUAACGAGGACUACGCUGCCUUCUACAAGGGUUUGUCCAACGACUGGGAAGACCACUUGGCGGUAUUCACAUUUUUAAGGAUUGUUUUCAAAAGAUGGAUUGAUUGUUAGCAGUGUCGAAAAAUCUGAUGGCGGUACGUGUGCGAGUGAGAAUUAUUACCAUUUAUCCUGACAGUAGUGAAAAGUAUCUGCGGGUGAGAAAACCUUUCUGAAAUAUACAUAUGCCGAUAAAACGCCCAGGUCAAGCACUUCUCCGUUGAGGGUCAGCUCGAAUUCAAGGCACUCUUGUUCGUGCCCCGUCGCGCUCCGUUCGACAUGUUCGAGACCAAGAAGAAGCGCAACAACAUCAAGUACUAAUCUUCUUCUUUAGAUUGUUCGUACGUGGCAUAUGGCAUUACUCUUCGAUUCUUGCGACCAAGAUUUCCUUCUCUUCGUGAUAGCUCCUACGCGUCACUCCGAUUUUCCUCCGAUUGCUCACUACUUUUCGUACUAUGAUCUCCUUCACCGCAACAAAGGAAAUCAGGUUGUACACGUCCGUCGUGUCUUCAUCAUGGACGCUUUCAUCUUUUCCCUCACUCAAUAAACCAGGUUGUACGUCCGCCGCGUCUUCAUCAUGGACGAUUGCGAAGAUAUCAUUCCGGAGUGGCUCAGCUUCAUCAAGGGCGUCGUCGACUCCGAGGAUUUGCCGUUGAACAUCUCUCGUGAGACCCUCCAGCAAAACAAGAUCCUCCGUGUCAUCAAGAAGAACUUGGUCAAGAAGUGCCUCGAGAUGUUCGCAGAGAUCGCCGAGAACUCUGAGGACUACAAGAAGUUCUACGAGCAGUUCUCCAAGAACCUGAAGCUCGGUAUCCACGAGGACGGCACGAACCGCAACAAGAUCGCGGAGUUGAUGCGGUACCAGACCUCCAAGUCCGGCGACGACAACGUCAGCCUCAAGGAGUACGUUGACCGCAUGAAAGAGGGCCAGGAAGACAUCUACUACAUCACGGGUGAGUCCGUCGCCGGCGUCUCCGCCUCGCCGUUCAUCGAGACCCUGAAGAAGAAGGGACUCGAGGUAAAAAAAACACUUUUUUUUUUUUUACUCUUGAUGAUUUUGUGAGCAGAUACUAGAUUUUUCUAUUCAUAAAUUUGUCGUCGUUCUGUCUUGGAUUAGAUCUGUGUAUAGAAGACUCUAGUCCGUCUUGUUCUACUUCAAAGCGUCCACAUUUCAGCGUCCUUUUCUCCUACUGACAGUCCCAUGUCGUCAUCCAUCUCAUCUUCAAAUUCUUCAUUCUAAUUUCAAAUUCAAGGUCUUGUACAUGGUCGACCCGAUCGAUGAGUACUGCGUCCAGCAACUGAAGGAGUUUGACGGCAAGAAGCUCAAGUCCGUCACCAAGGAGGGCCUCGAACUCGACGACGAAGAUGAGAAGAAGAAGUUGGAGGAGCAGAAGGCCGAUUUCGAAGGUCUCUGCAAGCUGAUCAAGGAAGUGUUGGCCGACAAGGUUGAGAAGGUGAUUGUGUCCAACCGUAUUUCCGACUCCCCGUGUGUCUUGGUCACCUCCGAAUACGGCUGGUCCGCGAACAUGGAGCGAAUCAUGAAGGCACAGGUACCACUACUAGUAACUGUUUUUACUGUAAUGACAAAGGCAAAGAUACUACGAAGAACUCAUUGAUGCUCUCUAGACUAAGCAAGUUCGAUCUAGAUUUUGAAGAUUGAUCUCCCCAGCGUCGACUGAAAGUUUGUGGAAAAGCAGUGAGGCUCUGCUUUACCUAGGCCAUCUUCCAACACGAACGCAGUCUUCUUACAAUACUAAACUCCAACUUCCAAAGUAUAUAUACUAAAAUCCAACUCUGCAAAAUCCAAAAAUCUCAGGCCCUCCGCGACAGCACGAUGACCUCUUACAUGGUUUCCAAGAAGACCAUGGAAGUGAACCCGAACCACAAGAUCAUGGCUGAGUUGAAGGAGAAGGCGCAAGCCGAUAAGGGUGACAAGACCGUCAAGGACUUGAUCUGGUUGCUCUUCGACACCUCUCUGAUGACCUCCGGUUUCAACCUGGAUGAGCCGACCCAGUUCGCUGGCCGCAUCCACCGCAUGAUCAAGCUCGGACUGAGCUUGGAUGACGACGACGAGGACGACGCGGAGGACCUCCCGCCGCUCGAGGAAGUCGAGGGCGCGGACGCCGAGGCCUCCAAGAUGGAGGAAGUCGAUUAAACUUCUUAAGGGAAGGUGCGUAGCAGACGCUUCGACGUUCUAGUUAGAAAGAAAAGUUGUACUUGCAUCUGUGAUUUUUCUUAUUGAAAGUUGUAUCCUUAUUCGUCUUAAAGGAUGUUGGGUCGUGAAAGUAGUAGUUUCUUCUAGAUAAUAUAGACGGAUAAACUGAUGUAGCAUCGUUCUACAUCUAGUAUCAUUUCAAGUAAUAUUAUACGACACACGUGAUAUAACGUACUAUGAGAAGAAGAUAGGACCCAGCGUCUUUGGUAUUGUAGGUCGUCUUGGGUGAAGAUCAUUCGUAUAUUUGAAGAUGAAGAUCGUCAGCAUGUUGAACAACGGAUAUUUGAUGUUGUCCAUAUAAAACGUACGAACUGAAUACUUUCUUAUGCAUGAUGAUUUCUGCAACCACAAGCUCGACAUGCUGCAACGUCUAAAUAUUCAGGCUGUCUUAUUUUCAUCAAAAUACUUCUUAUUCUUAGUGACGUAAGGCUUCUAAUUUCAGAAGCGAUAUUAUUCAGCAGAAGACCAGCUACAUGAUGUCUUCGAUCAUCAUUACUACGUACUGAAUUCGAGAUGGAAGCACUGCUUUCUUGCAUGCUAUUUAGAAGGACUCACUAAUGGAUGCCCUGCCUGAAGGUUGAUCCACUGAUCCUCUCUUCUGGGUACCAGUUUGUGACCUUCUUCAAAAACUUGCAUUCUUGAGCUGGAAAAACCUUUCUUAUUCUGCUGAAGUUUCAUACCAAAAAACAGGAAAACAUUAAGGCAAGCAAAAGCAACUAGCUGGGGAUAACACUCUCCUAGUGUCCCCCUGAAGCGCCGAUGUUUUUUAGAGGACGAGAAGAUGUGUGAGCUGGUGACAAAAG